GAUCUUGAAGCCAAACAAGAGAAAAGAAGGUGGUCUGUUUGUCCAUGGAGGUCGAGAGUCUCAAGCCAUGGGGCACCGCCAGGAUUCUGAGGGAAGCCUUCAAGGUUCCCAGAAAAAAUGGAAGAAUCAUGUCAUUCGUCACAUUCCUCACCGUCCUCCCCCUCUCCCUUCUGAUCCUUUACCACAACGUCGUCCUCUUCCCCUACGCUCAACGAGUCGUGUCUAAAGCAUCGCUGCUGCCAAUCGACGACCCUACCAGCUCCGAAGCUGCUGCGGGAAGAGCAGAGCUCCUCCGUGCCUUGCGCUCUUUCUUUAUUGUUGAAAUUCUCUAUGGAUCAGCAAUCGGCAUCGUCACGCUGGUCGCCCUCAUGGCCACAGUGUACUCGAUCGCAGCAAUUCAUGGCCGGAAACACUUGACGCUUAGAGCUCUGUCAUGGAGGGUCGCUACAACCUGGAAGAGACCCUUGAUCACGUGGCUGUAUGUUGUGCUGAUUGUGGUGGCGUUUAUGCUCAUCUUUCUGUUCUCGGUUGGUGCAGUGGCUCUGAUGCUUAGGGAAGGGAUUGCGAUGGUUGCCGCGUCCGUCGUGCUGUCUAUAUUGGCAGUUGGCUUCUUCAUAUACUUCGCUGCCGUUUUCAUGCUGGCCUUGGCAGCAGCCAUAGUUGAAGAGAAUUGCUACGGCAUGGAAGCUCUGGGGAAGGCUGAGGUGCUCAUCAAAGGAAGAAAGAUUCAAGGCUUCUUGCUUGUGCUGGCCACCUCCCUCUGUGGUGUCGUCAUCCCUUGGCUUUGGAAUUUGAUCACGGCUACGAAGUUGGAGCUUAGAAUUGGGGUACAAAUUGUUCUUGUCUGCUUAUUUAGUUUUGUGAAACUGUGGACUUUUAUUGUCUUCACUCUUUUCUACUGUGAGUGUAAGAGGGGCCAUGGAGAAAAGUUGGAGAUGGAAGGUCUGGCUGACGAGGAACCCAAGUAUGCAGCUUUAUCUGCUAAGGUCUGACUUUGGUAUCGGCUUCUGUUCAUACGCGUGGAUAAAUAAGGUAACCCGGGAGGUUUAGUAUGUGGAGGUGGCAAUGUUGUGUAGUAUUAUAGCAGUGUUCUAAAAAUAUUAUGUACCAUUGUUCCGGGCCUUUCAUUUGGAUAAACUUAACGUGAAAAUUAAAGAAUGGCGUUCUAGAUAUAA